AGGCUCUUCUUGCCACCGCCCCCAACUACCACCGCGCCGACAGACAGACAGAGGAAGGGAGGCGGGGGGGGGGGUGGUGUCGCGGGGGGGGGGGGGGGGGCGGGGGGGGGGGGGCUUAAAUCGAUGUUACCAUGAACUCUCGAGAGUAUCGGGCGUUUAGUAACGGAAAGCGCUGAUAUUGCCAAUUCUACUUUGCAACGUUUCAAUUUACUACAAGAAUUACUCGCUGAAAUCAUUGAGUUGAGUGAAAACACGCAAGGAGCUAACGAAGCCACAAUUUAUGACAUGGAAGCUAAGAAACAUUAAUUGAUUCUUGAUCAAGAACGUCUUUAGAACAAUCUCAAUACUAUUCAGCAUCAAUGAAAUGCAUUGAAAACAGCUUUAGAAAAUGUCAGGAAAAAGUAUGCUGUAGUCAUGCAGCUUGUUACAGAUUCAUCAAUACCUACAAUCAUUGGUGGCCAAUCAAAUCCUCUCACUGAUAUCCUUACGCUCCCCAUCGGUGUUGUAUUUGAUCCAGUUGGCAUCAUCGGCUGUAUUUUGGGUGGUUGCAAAAACCCGAAGCCAGUUAUAGAUAAUAACAAAUUUGAGAAUACCAUAAAAAUCGCCGAACAAGCUCAACAAGAUCUAGAAAAAGUAGAACAACUUCACAAUGCACAUUUAUUGGUCGAUCCGAUUGAUCGAGAAUUCUUCACUGAAAUGUUGAUACCGGCCGCAACAACGAUUGAAAGUGGCGCUCAUUUGUUAUUCACUAUGGCUAAAGCUUAUACUACGCAGUUUCUAGUGAACAUAUGAUUGAUCAAAUAGCAGGCAUUAGUCAAUUGUUAACUUUACAAACAGAUGAAGCACGAAAAGCUCAUCUCCAACAAGCAUCCAACAAGACAAUCGCAGCAUUAUUGAAGAUUACACAAAUGGCACAAGAACGGCAUAGUAUCUAUCUUGGAAAGACACGUAAUCGACAGGCAGAAUAUACUGCUUAUAUGGCUAGUUUAGUCGCUUCUGGACUAUCACAAACAGUAGGUUGA